AUUUGAAAUGUGCUAAAAAUUAUUUUGGAGUAGAAUUAAGAUUCGAAAUUGCCGCCUCGUCUUUCGAUGACCCGUUACUAUCGGAUAUCGCCAUCAGCUGUUUCCAUCACCAAUUGCCCAGGGACUCUUUUUUUUUUUUAAGUUUGACAUAACAUUUUGAACAAUAACAAUGCAAAUAUUAAAGAAUUUCAGCAGUAAAUUACUGAGACACAAAUACCUGUGCCAGCCAAGACUCCAUUCCCUUUACUACAGCACAGUCAAAGAUGCGGAUAAGCAGAUGGAUCUUCCUCUGGCGUCGGGUUAUCAGCCUAAAAUUGUGGAGGACGCCUACUGGGAGCGGGAGCAACGACAUAACAACUUGCCAAGAACUGGGGGCGAACGGUGUAAGCGAGGAACUUACCGUAUGCUACUUCCCCCUCCAAAUGUCACGGGAAACCUGCAUCUGGGACACGCACUGAUGGCCACAGUGCAGGAUGUGAUUGCCCGCCAGCAAAGUCAGUUAGGCUAUGAGGUUGACUGGGUGCCUGGCACAGAUCAUGCCGGUAUAGCCACCCAGGUGGUAGUGGAACGCACCGUUGCGGCUGCGCAGGGAAAGACCCGUCAGGAACUGGGUCGCUCUGCCUUCCUGGACGAGGUGUGGCGUUGGAAGGCUGAAAAGGGAGCUGGCAUUGUCGAGGAUCUCAGGAAGCUGGGCUGCAGUCUCAAUUGGCAGCGGGAGUACUUCACAAUGGACAAGCAGCAGGCGCACGCCGUGAACGUAGCUUUUGAACGGCUCUUCGAAGAAGGUCUCAUCCGGCGGCGAAACUCGUUGGUCAAUUGGUCCACCUCGCUACGCUCCGCUAUCUCCGAUAUUGAAGUAGAGUUACUGGAUAUCAAGGAGCCAGUUGAGAUCUCAGUUCCCGGCUACAAGAAAAACAUUCUUUUUGGUCGAAUCUUCGACUUUGCAUAUACCGUAGUGGAUGGUGAAACGAUGGAGGAUGGUUCCCCCGAGGAAAUUGUGGUGUCCACCACUCGACCGGAGACCAUUUUGGGCGAUGUUGCCGUUGCUGUGCAUCCAUUAGAUCCACGCUAUUCUAAAUAUCGGAACCGUGACGAGGUGAAGCUGAAGCAUCCUUUUCGACACGAUACCAUUCCCCUAGUUUUUGACAUUUCCGUGGAUCAGGAAUUUGGAACGGGGGCCGUAAAGAUUACCCCCGCCCAUGAUAAGUUUGAUUUUGAGCUAGCAACGCGUCACAAGCUGGAACCGCGCCAGGUCUUCAACGAGACGGGCCAUGUGGUGGAAACGUUCCCGGAGUUCAAAGGAAAGCCACGCUUCGAAGUUCGAGACUUGAUAGUCAAUAAAUUGGAGGACAUGGAUCUCCUGCGACAUGUGCGCGCCCACAGCAUGCAGCUGCCCGUCUGUUCUCGCUCCAAAGACGUUGUUGAGUAUAUGAUUUUGCCGCAAUGGUUCCUCAAGUGUAAGGAAAUGGCCAAGGAUGCCCUUUCGGAGCUUCACAGCGGCAGGCUACAAAUGUUUCCCAAUAACUUUGAAGCGGAGUGGGAACGAUGGCUGCAGGACUGCCGGGAUUGGUGCAUUUCGAGGCAACUGUGGUGGGGCCAUCAGGUGCCCGCCUACCAAAUCACUGAUUCCAAAGGCGGAAGCCACUGGGUGGCAGCUCUUGACGAAAAGGCGGCACGCGAGAAGGCGGUUAAGUUGAUGGGCAGCGAGGACUUUGUGCUAACCCGUGAUCCUGAUGUGCUGGACACUUGGUUUUCAUCCUCGCUGUUGCCUUUUUCAGUUGCGGGCUGGCCGGAUGAGAGCUACAGGGAACGAUAUCCCUUGGACCUGAUGCAAACGGGGCACGAUAUACUGUUCUUUUGGGUUGCUAGGAUGAUGAUGAUGGGCCUGAAACUGACGGGUCAGGCGCCUUUUGAGCGUGUUCUCCUCAAUGGCAUUGUGUGCGAUGCCCAAGGCAGGAAGAUGUCGAAGAGUUUGGGCAAUAUUGUGGCGCCUCAACAGGUGGUACAGGGUGCUAGCUUGGAGACUCUCAAAGAGGGAUUGCAGCAAUCCCAUGAUGCUGGCAUUAUAAAGAGUGCUGAGCUCCGGACUUCGACAGCUGGAAUGACCAAAAUGUUUCCCAACGGCAUCCAGGAAUGUGGCACUGAUGCUCUCAGGUUCACCCUGCUUAGCCACAACAUCAAGAACCACUUCAUCAGUUUCGAUGUGAACGCCUGCUACACGAACAAACUAUUUCUGAAUAAGAUCUGGCAGGCUCUCAGAUUCACCCUGGGCUCGGCACAGGGGUUGGGUGUCACUCUCGAUGAAUUCGAGACCCUUAAGGGGGUGAACCUGAGCCUGUGGGAUCGAUGGAUCAUUGGCCGUUUGGCGGAGACUUUGGCGAUUUGUUCGGAGAGCUACAACACCUACAAUUUCCAUUUGGCCACGGCAGCUUUGAAGACCUUCUUCUAUCAGAACCUCUGUGAUAUUUAUCUCGAGACCACUAAGACAGCGAUAGCGAACCGUACACCCGACGCCGUCAUCCAUGUGGGCACCUUGACCGCCUGCCUCAGCUGGGGUCUGCAGGCUAUGGCUCCGUUCACACCGUUCGUUGCCUCCGAGCUGCUGCAGCACAUUCCCUUGAACAUCGAAUUGAAGCUAACCGACUACAGAGACCCUAAGUUGGAGGACGAGGUCAACGAAAUCGUGGACAUUUGUCAGAGUGUGCGCCAAGUGAAGAGUCGCAACGAGAUCAGCAAGAGACACAAGCCUCGGCUUAGUCUCUUUGCCCAGAACCUGGAGGCGGAGGAAGUGCUGCGUCGUCACCUGCCACAGAUCAGGGUUCUGACCCGCUGCACGGACGUGGAUCUGGAACUGCUUGACGAGAACUCAAAGAUCUCAAAGAAACUUAACUUUUUCUCCACGGCUGGGCCGUUGUGUUCUUUCGGCUUAAGGAUUUCCGACGAGGUGACUGUUCCCAAGGAGAAGCUCACCGCAAUGCAACAGGCCAAUCACAAGAAACUAAAGAAGCUGGUUACCGAACUCCAGAGGUAUCGCAUGCGCCUGGACAACGAAGCCUUCCAGAUGCUGGCCGACAAGACCAUUAAAAAGCAUUUCGAGAAUAAGGUGAAAGAAUUGGAAGCGGAGAUCAGUAGUCUUACUGAGAUGGCAGCGUCAUCCUGAGUAUCUAAAUUAGUCAUUGUUAUGUUAGAAUCGCAAAAGUCCCCUGUUUUUAGUAAAAUAAAAGACUGCAAUGUUUGUUAUUAUAA